AUGGUACAAAACUCAUUCAUCUCGCUUAUUUCGCAAGAAGAAAAAGAAGAAAACAGGGGAUCUGUUGAAUUUCAAGUAUUUAGUUGGACCAAUAAAAUAAGAAGACUUACUUCACAUUUGGAAUUGCACAGAAAAGACUAUUCCUCUCAAAGAGGUCUCCGUAAAAUUCUGGGAAAACGUCAACGAUUGCUGUCUUAUUUGUCAAAGAAAAAGAGAGUACUUUAUAAAUACUUAAUAAAUCGGUUGGGUAUUCGAGAAUCAAAAACUCGUUAA